UGAGGUCCUCAUCACAUCGACUCUGCAACUUCUACUCGUCCUCUUCACUUCUACAGUUCCAAGAAGAAAAGGAGUGCAUAAGUAUACCAUGGGUGGUGAUCAUAAGUGCCCUGUGUGUCAGGCGACGUUCACCCGUCCUCAACAUGUAGCAAGACACAUGCGCUCGCACACUGGUGAUCGGCCGUACAAGUGCCAACAUUGCGGAGACCAAUUCGCUCGAAGUGAUCUACUCUCGCGUCACAUUAACAAGUGUCAUGCGAACGAGAAAGCCCCUCCAAACACCGCUGGUGGUAAACGGAAAGGCUCCGCUGCGGCUUCGAGGGCAACGACGUCCAAGCAAGCUUGUGACCAGUGCGUUCAACUGAGUUUACCUUGUGAUGGGUCCAAUCCUUGUUCAAAAUGCGUCUCCCGCAAGUGUCGAUGCACAUAUGUCAAGUUUCAUCGUCAGACAGCCCCCAUUGGCCCAGGGCACCAGCCUCCCCGGUCGGUGGCGCCCUCCGCUUCUUCGCCAGUUAUAGGCAGUACCCAUCCACACUUGGAUGACUUGAUCUUGGGACCACCACCACCUAGCGUACCCAGCAUGGCGACGAGCGUUUCGGACUCGUUGCUUAGUACCCAGUUUUCGUUUAACCCAGCAUAUCCACCAGCCUCGACGGUUGACCUUUCUUCUAUACCUGUUUCGGUGGCGUCAUUGGACGUUAUGACGGACAAAUUUCGUUCCCACACCGAUUUAUUGCGGCGAGGCGGAGGGUCCUCGUCGUCAUCGUCUACUUCCGUUCUCCCCGCAUCGACCACUGGAGCUAAUGUUUUCUCCGGCAUUUAUGCGAGCCAAUCGCAACCGGGUUGGUACUCAUGGGGGGAUCCUGCAUCGGGCUCGGCGAGUUUGUUUGAUGCAAGUCGAUUCCUUCCUCCAUUGGACGAUAAGGACUUCCCGACUGGUGUAACUCGCGCUCAGAUUCCUUCGGCUGUCUCAGAGGUGUUUGACCCUGACUUUUAUAAUCCCAAUGGCCUCGGAUCGGGGUAUCGCGCCCGACGUGCAUCGCUCGAUUUCAGCGAUAGCAUGCAACGUCGAAGUAGCGUCCACCUCCCACUCCCAGGUCCAGGGGAGCUCUUCGACAACACUUCGGACGAUGUAGAAUGUCAAAGGCGAGAAAUGUUGGUGGAUUCGCAGCGUCGAGAUGUUCCCUGUUCGCAACCGUCAAGCUAUCCGACUUCAGAACAGCCACGUCCUACUUCAGAAGAUGGUGUUCCAUUUUUUUCCAAUGUCGGCGUAGGCGGCGUCGUUCCGCACUCCCCAAAUGCGACCCCAAUGCCUGCACGACAAGCGUCGCAUCCGCAGCAACCGGGUCACCAACCUUUCAGAGACCGCGGGAUGUCCCUUUCGGCUCUGCAUACUCCGGGCGAGAUGCGAGAGUUUUGGAAGGCGUAUGUUCGCACGCCGCUUAGCGGACCAGCAGGAGAUGAUGCCGCACCAAAUACGAACACCUCACAAUCACAGCAGACUCAGAUGCCCAUGUCGCCAUCCAGCCAACGGCGGCGCUUACGCGUAUCGUCCUUACCCAGUGUAACGCCCACUGUUGAAAGGGGGCACCCGCUGAUGAAUGGAUAUGGUGGGGGACACGGGGAAGGGUCGCGAGGCAGUUUGCAUGGAAACUCGGAUGACCUGCGGAGUUAUGAGGCUGCCGUGAAUGCUCGUUCUGCUUUUAUGAACCUGAAUCUCGUUCCGCGACGCCGCGGAACACGCCCUGGGGCGAGCACGAGUCCUGUACCGCCAUCUGCGUCUGCAGAAAAUCAGUCUACGACGGAUAUGACCGCUCUAAGUCGACCUUCAUCUUCUUCCUCGGUAUCGUCACUUGCGCAUGCGUUUGGUCCACAUCAGUCCUUUGUGAAACCCCCACCGUUAUCCAAUGCAUCGAUUUCACUUCCUGUGCCUUCCGUACAUGGUCACGGACUUGACAGCGGAUCAUUUGGGAACUCGCCGCGCGAACUGCCAUCCCGAGAGUCGAGCGUAGCAUCCGAUGGGACUGGGAGUUCGGAGGGAGAGGUGUUUCGGCCGUCGUUUAAGCGCUUGGCAUCGCAGACACUUGGCCCCGCCAACUCAAAGCGCGCACUUGUGGAGAGGGGUGCAGGGGGUAGUGGUGAAACGAUCGCGGUUGCAGUCGCUGAUGGAGGUAGGCUUAACGCAGGUGGCAACGCGAGUAGGGAGCCACUGGGCACUGGAAAUGCCCCUUUGCGGCCUAUGGCUGCGCUACCAGAUCGAGCACGACGUACGAGCGAAGCAGGCCUGGCGUGAUCCGGGCCUAGCAACAAAUUGACUCUGGACUUGGUGAUGCGGCAGGAUUGAAAGGAAAACGUUGAUACUCGAGUCAUACUUUUUUUUCUUCCUUUGUUUAGUUACCCGGACGACAUUGAAAAUAGUCGGGCAAGCACUUACGACGUGUAGUCCUUUUCAUGCUAGCUUACACCUUUGCUUUUACCCUAAUAGCACUUGGAUUAACGCUGGCGGAUCUCCGAAUUUCCACGAAAGGAUCUCGUGCUCCAUGUGCAUCUCUCUGGAGUCUGCUAUGGCACACAUUCUUUCACCGAUUUUUUUGGGGGUUCUCCAGGCAUGACGCCAAAUAUUUACUAACUAAUUGGUGGAUCGAUUGGGGUUUUCGAACUCGGAGGUGACUAUGAUUGGCGGGCCCCUGAGCAAGGAGGAGAAG